UUCAGGAUAGGUACAAUAUGAAUUGUGACACUAGUAAUACCAGUGAGACUGAGGAAACAGUUGUCUUAUCAGGAAAAAAGAAGAGACAUCGCAGAAGAAACCUUACCAACCGAUCUAGGCGAAAAAUAGAAAAACGUAAACUACAAAAAUUCCCACAGUUCCUCAUUCCAAAUGCACUUACAACAGUGAAUAGUUUGACGAAAACCAACAUGCUUCACCGAGCUUGUGAGCAGGGGGAUGAGGAAAAGACGAGGAAUCUUAUUAAAAAUUUGACCUCGUCCCAGCUUCUGAAACGAGAUACAUCUGGUGAAACUGCUCUUCAUAUUGCCAUUAAUCAUGGUCACGUGGGAUGUGCCUUGUUGAUACUAAAUAAUCCUGCACUGGAGGUGAGUAACGAACUCAGCAGAGAGCUUUAUGUGUCUUGUGGAGCAGAUAACCUGGCUGCACUGCGAAACCCUGAGGAGUUGGAGCUAGAAGAGUCAGGUGCAGAUAACAUCGAACAGAGUGGUAUAGUAUUAACAGAGGAAGAGAUGAAUACGGAGAUGAAUACGGAGAUGAAUACGGAGAUAAAAACAGAGAUAAAAACAGAGAUAAAAACAGAAAUAAGGGAGGAUAUCUGCAAAGUAGAACAGGAGGAUUCGCUUGAAAGAUCACAUGGUUUUAUCUGUGCUGUAUGUUCUGCGCACAUCCUUUAUGAGAGCUACUUUUUAGAACACAUCAAAGAGCACCAUUCAGGUGAUCAUAAUAUUCAAACAGUGGAGAAACCCGGAAAGAAAUUGAGAUGUCCAAGAAUCAACACAUACGGGUGCACAAGAUGUUCUUAUCAUACCAACAAUAAAUAUGAUUUGAACAAACAUAACAUAAUAGUGCAUGCUGGUCUAAAGCCUUAUAAGUGUUCGCAAUGUCCCUUUGCUUGCUUCUGGAAAAUAAAUAUUACCAGGCAUGAACGGAUACAUACUGGAAAUAAACCAUUCAGCUGUAAUGAGUGUUCAUAUACUUCUUCUAGAACAGAUCAACUCAAAGAGCAUGCUCUGAAGCAUAGGAACGAGAAACCUUUCAAAUGCUCUGAAUGUGGUAAUAAAUACGUACGUAGACGUGAUUUAGCAAAACAUCAGCGACAAAAGCACCAGGAGAUGAAUACAGACUCUACCAUCGAACGUUGUGAUCCUCUUAAGAAUCGUCAGAUAACAUUGAAAAAUGAUGCCCCCUCCGAAAAAAAGAAUUUAUUGGGUGACCUGGAGCAACCGAACAAGAAGCCAUUCCGCUGUAAUGAGUGUUCAUAUACUGCUUCUAGAGCAUAUCACCUCAAAGAACAUGCUUGGAAGCAUAAGAACGAAAAACCAUUCAAAUGUUCAGUAUGUGGUAAUAAAUACGUACGUAGAUACGAUUGUGCAAGACAUCAGCAAAACAAACAUCCGGAGAUGGAUGCAUACUCUACUAGCGAACCGUUUGAUUGGCUUAUAAAGCGUCAGGUAACGUUGAAAGAUGAUGCUACCUCUAACAAAGAGAGCCCGGAACAAACUCAUCAGCAAUCCACUGCGGAUAGUCCUUCAGAAAAACGGGUUCGACGUAAUAAACAGUCUGAAGAAAAGCCAUAUAAAUGUCCAGGGAAUCGAUAUGUCGUCAGAGACCCAUACGUUCUAAGAAACGCCAUGUAAUCUAUUACCUAAUUAACUUAUUACCUAAUUAACCUAUUACCUAAUUAACCUAUUACCUAAUUAACCUUUUACCUAAUUAACAUAUUACCUAAUUAACCUAUUACAUAAUUAACCUAUUACCUAAUUAACCUGUAUAAUGAUUAAUGUACGUGAUUAUAUGAUUUUUCAUCUGAGUAGAAGAAUACCAUAUUUAAACAUUCUUCUUCAAUCCACGCAA